AUGCCACAAAAACAGGUGGGAUUCUGUGAAAAUUCCCCCUUGCAGGUGUCCGAGGAGUCCGGGAGAGACGGUAUCGUCUCUGUUUAUCCGUUCGGAAAAGGUAGUUCCGAUUCCCGGAACGGGAACCGUUUCCCACCCCGGCGACGAUGUGACGGCUCCAAAUGCCAAAAAUUGUUUUACGAGGUCGAGGAGUAUCAAGAAGAAAAAGAGGAGGGGGUCCCUUUCUGGGGGCCCCAGCGCCAGGCUCAGGAGCUGCAGCAAUACCGGGACAAAGGGAGGCAGAUGGUUGACUACAUUUUCCACUACCUGAGCACGGUGCGGGAGCGGAGGGUCUCUCCCAACGUGCAGCCCGGCUACAUGCGAGGGCAGUUGCCCGACCGGGCACCGGACCAGCCGGAAGCCUGGGACAACAUCUUCGCCGACAUCGAGAGGAUCGUCAUGCCCGCGGUGGUCCACUGGCAGAGCCCACAAAUGCACGCCUACUUCCCCUCCCUCAACUCCUGGCCCUCCCUGCUCGGGGACAUGCUGUCCAACGCCAUAGACUGCCUCGGCUUCACCUGGGCAUGCAGUCCAGCCAACACAGAGCUGGAGUUGAUCGUCAUCGACUGGCUGGCCAAGAUGCUGGGCCUCCCGGACUAUUUCCUGCACAGCCACCCCGGGGGCCGCGGAGGGGGCGUCAUUCAGAACAGUGUCAGCGAAUCGACGUUGAUCUCCCUGCUGGCCGCCAGGAAGCACAAAAUCCUGGAGAUGAAGAAGAGCGAGCCAAACGUCGAGGAGUCCACGCUCAACUCCCGCCUGGUGGCCUACACCUCCAAUCAGGCUCAUUCCUCAGUGAUGAAGGCUGGCCUGAUCGCCCUGGUGCGCAUGCGACUUCUGGACGUGGACGACGAUAUGUCCCUCCGAGGCGAGACCCUCCAGCGGGCGAUUGAGAAGGACAGAGAAAAAGGGCUAGUGCCCGCCUGGGUCUGUGCCACGCUGGGAACCACCGGGGUCUGUGCAUUCGACUGCCUGGAAGAGCUGGGCCCCAUUUGUGCCCGGGAAGGCCUCUGGCUGCACAUCGAUGCCGCCUACUCCGGGACGUCCUUCCUGUGCCCGGAAUACCGACACUUCAUGAGGGGCAUCGAGUUCACCGAUUCCUUCGCCUUUAAUCCUCCCAAGUGGAUGAUGGUCCACUUCGACUGCACUGGCUUCUGGGUUAAGGACAAGAAGAAACUGCAUCAGGCCUUUGGCGUAACCCCCGAAUACCUCAAGUAUGCAAACUCCGAAAACGCCACCGAUUUCAUGCACUGGCAGAUCCCUCUGAGCCGCAGAUUCCGGGCGUUAAAGCUCUGGUUUGUGAUCCGGAACUACGGGGUGAAGAAUCUCCAGGCCCACGUGCGGCAAAGCAUAGACAUGGCCAAAUACUUUGAGUCGUUGGUGAGGAGCGAUCCCCUCUUCGAGAUCCCCUACAAGAGGUACCUGGGCCUGGUGGUAUUCCGCCUAAAGGGCGCCAACCACCGGACGCGGAAGCUCAUCGAGGAACUGAAUCGGUCCGGCCGGAUCUUCAUCAUCUUCCUGGAGGUCCAGAAGCAGCUGAUCAUCCGCUUCGUGGUCACCUCCCAGUUCACCACGCGUCAGGACAUCCUCCACGACUGGCUGGUCAUCCGGGAGGCGGCCACCCGCGUCCUGAGCCACCCCAGCUGUGCCCGGCCCUCUGCGGAAGACCUGAGGUGCCCCUCCCUGGCCAGUGAUCCCUACUGUGUAGCCCAGAGCGUCCACCUUCCGAUCCCCGGGACGUCCGGAGAUGACGACCCCGACGAGGCCUUCCCAGAGGUCACCGAGCAGCCCAGGCCGGGCGGCCGGGCCGAUCCCGACUCCCGGGCCUCCUCAGAGGACUUCCCGGAGGAGGCCUCCAAGCAGAAGUUGCCCUCCUUCCUGUUCAGCUACCUGUCCGGGAAGAAGAAGAAGACGGUGCGGUCGUUGAGCUGUAACAGCGAGCCCCUGGAGCGGCCGGAGCCCGUCGGGGGAGACCAGGCGUCACCGCGAGGGCCGCCCCGGGAGAGGCCCGUGGACAAGACGAGGACCUUCAGGAAACUCUCCAAGUUCCGCAGCAUUCCCAGCUUUCCUGACUGCGGUCUCCCAUGCGAACUGGACUCGCCACGCCGCUCCUUACGGACCACCUUUUAG